GAAUACAACGACGACUUUCUACUACUAGUAAAGAGCUAGCCGAAUUUAAAGAACGUGCAUUAUUGGCAGAGAACCAAUUGACACAAAUUAAAGAAGGAAUUGGUCGUACGGCACAAUAUGAAAAAGAGAUUAAAGAAAAAAAUUUGUUGAUUGGAAAAUUACGCCAUGAAGCUGUAAUAUUAAAUGAACAUUUAACCGAGGCUCUUAGUCGCAUGAGAGAAGAAAGCAGUGAAAAUAACGUGGACAAGCGUCUAAUUACAAAUCUUUUAAUAGCUUUCUUUAAUACCCCUCGUGGAGAUAGUAAACGUUUUGAGAUAUUACAAUUAAUGGCGAAUAUGUUACAAUGGAGUGAGGAACAAAAGGAACAA